AUGUCGGAAUCUGUUUUAGGCUCUUCAGCUCGUCAACGCUUAGAAUCAUUUCUUUUACUUUCUAAGUCUGCUAAGGGCGGCGCAUGUGUACAACUGAUCAAAGAUGCUUUAGGAGCUCCAGGUGUUUAUGUAUUUGCAGAACUGUUGGACAUGCCAAAUGUUGCAGAGCUUCGAAACAGUGAACAAUACCAAUCCUACCACACAUUGUUAAGGCUUUUCUCAUAUGGAACUUAUAAAGAUUACAAAGAUAAUGUUGAAACAUUACCACCAUUGGAUGAUGCGCAAUUAAACAAACUUAAACAUUUGUCAAUUGUCUCUUUAUCCGAAGAAGCACGAACAAUUCCAUAUGAUACGUUAUUAAAAUACCUUGAUAUACCUAAUGUUCGAGAACUUGAAGAUUUAAUUAUCGAUGCAAUAUAUCAAGAUGUUAUUAAAGGUAAAUUAGAUCAGAAAAGAAAGCAACUUGAGGUUGAGUAUACAAUGGGAAGAGAUUUACGUCCAGGGCAAAUAGAUCAAAUGUUACAAGUUUUAAGUGCCUGGUCUCAAACAUCCGAAGAAAUUCUAAAAUCAAUUGAUGCAAAAAUCAUUAAAAUUCGUGAUGACGCUACAGAAAAUAUGAAAAAGAAGGAAGAAUAUGAAAAAGAAGUGGAAAGAUUAAAGAAAGAAGUUAAAUCAAACCCAAAGGGGGCAGAUAAUAUCGAUUUUAUUUCAGGAAAUUCUAUUGAUCAACAUAAUAGCAUGGAAUAUCAUGAUGAAAAUUUUAAAGGUGGUAGAACAGGAAAAAGAACUUAG